CUCGACGCCCUCCACCGGCUCGCCACCGCAGCGCCCGCUGCCCUCUUCCCUGAGCAGCGCCAGCUGCCUCUUCCCUGAGCAGCGCCAGCUGCCCUCUUCCCUACACAGGGAAAGCGACUGUGACGUCAGCAUGUGGCUGAUCGGGAGGCUCGUGCAAGUGGUGGUGGUGCUCGCGCUACUGAGUGGAGGGGCACUCGGCUGGGGCGGGCUCUUUAACCGCUUUAGCCCGGAGAUGCUGAGCAACCUGGGCUACGGCGGGCACGGCUACGGCGCCUACCGCUCCUCGCAGCCUUUACUACAGAGGUUUCACAAUCCGGUGGAGGUCUUCCAGGAGCUACAGGAAGAUGAGGAGCCCUGCUACGGGAAAAAAUGCACUUCCAACGAGCAUUGCUGCCCGGGAACAGUCUGCGUGGACGUAGAUGGAAUUGUAGGGUCCUGCCUAUUCGCGUACGGGCUGAAACAGGGGGAGCUGUGCCGCCGAGACAGCGACUGCGAGACGGGUUUGUUGUGUGCAGACUCCGCAGAUGGGCGCACUUGCCAGCCACCUCUCACCAACAGGAAGCAGUACAGUGAAGACUGUACUAUGAGCAGUGAAUGUGACAUCAGUAAAGGUCUGUGCUGCCAAUUGCAGAGACGUCACCGCCAGGCCCCUCGCAAGGUUUGUUCGUACUUCAAAGAUCCCCUCAUCUGCAUUGGUCCUGUUGCUGCCGACCAAGUGAAGGAAGACAUAGAGCACACUGCAGGGGAGAAACGUAUUACUGGGAAAGUGGCUUCAUUUAAUCAUAUUCGUCGCAAAUAAUUGGAAGACACAUGAUUACUUAAGGCCUAUAUAAAUCAUCUUGUGAUUAUGGCGUACACAAACAAAGAAAAUAUUCAAAAAUUCUUUGGAUUUUGAUAAGAAUUACAUAGAAUGAAUGAGUGUCCUUGCAGUAGUUAAUCUCUGAAACUCCCCAUGUUCAUCGUAAACGUUCACAGGCUUAGAGUUUCAUUUUGCAUUGUUAUUAUGAGAGGAUUUUGAUAAAAUUGUUGUAGUAAAUAACAAGUUAAAUGAAUUUCGCGGUAGUCUGUUUUCCUUAUCUCUGUAUCCUUAAGUGCAGUGGAUUUAUUCAAUAAAGAAGUCACUGAAAUGUUUUGAUAAGGAGAACAGUAUUAUACUGCUGCAUUGUCAUAGUACCUUUUAAAACUUUUUAGGAAUGAAGUUCUAUGAACGAAAAGCAUAUUAUAUUUCUACGAAAUUACAAAGCAAGAAUUCAUACUGAACAGAAAAAACUUGUUUUUAAAUAUUUGAUGAGAUAUUAAGCAUAGCAUGAUUGUGAAUCCCAUUUCAUUCACAACAUGGUGCAAGUGUAUGAGACAUUGCUCUGAUGAAAUUCACAUUCAGCGUUAAAGUAAAAGGUGGGCAUUCGAAGCAACCUAUGAAGCAUUAUAAUAUGUGACUAAAAAUUCCUGGAAAGUUACUUCAACAAAUCCUCUCAUAACUUAUAAAAUUAUGAGCUUCAUUUAACACAAAAAUGCUCUAAUGACUGCUGCAUAUAUAUUACCAAGUCUGUCCUAUACUCCCAGCAAUCCCUGAAAAUUUAUGUAUCUAUGUUGAUGUUCCUGUAUGAAUAAAAUAUAUAAUAAAUCGA